UCUAUGUUCAGAAAAAGCCCGCGCUCAACAUAACGCGCUCACCGGACCAGUCAACAGCACCGGUACAUAUUCUACCGUCGCGUCGAGCAUCGUUCAGCGCACGCGGUGGCGUGUGCGGAGGGCUUCACUGUGCCUUGGUGGCGUAUUGGCUGCGGGCAAAAAUGGACUACACCGUGGACCCAUGCAGAGACUUCUUUCGGUUCGUCUGCAACACUUUCAGGGGACACGACCAGUUCUCCGAGAUUAUCAAUGAUAUUAAAAUCUCUACCAUAUCAUUGCUCAAAGAUUCAAGAAUACCAUCGUCUAAUCAAGUUUCGUGGCAAAAAGCAGCUGGGAUGUUCCGGGCAUGCGUUUCCUUUCUCAAGUCGAACAGGACGGAGACUAAAGAUCUCUUGACGUGGAUGAGAUCCCUGAACCUCGAUCUGAUGAACGAGACAAGAUUGGCGGCAGUCAACCCAGUUGAAAUGAUGGUGCGCGCAUCGCUUGACCUAGGUGUCCAAGCUGUACUUGGCGUCGUUUUCGCCUUGAACGAGUUCUAUUACAACAAGAGAUCCAUAAAGAUCGAGUACAGUAAAGAACAAGAUAUGUACCUAACAGCGUGGCGUGGGCAAUCGAAAAGCCAAACGAUUGAUGUGUACCUACAGCUAUUCUUGUUAUAUGGUGCCACCCCACCUGAGGACCACCGGCUGGCUUCCAAAAUAUCCGGAUAUGAAAAAGAACUUGGAGAUAUUGCGGCGAGCACAGCUGUGUACGAUGAACCCAUAUACUUCAGAAGAAUUAUUGAUCUCGCCGAAUUCACAAAACCUUACGUUAAUGCAGAUCAAUGGGCAACCUUUUUUUACAAGUACAGCAGCGGCACCUAUGAUGGUGCGAGCAGAAUUCUGCAUCAAAAACACGUGACUACAAUUCUCGUCAAGCUGUUCGAGAGCCAAUCUGUUGGCGAAAACGGGCUACGAUACCUGGUCGCCUGGAGCAUCUACAGGCAGCUGGUUCGGUACACCGUGCCAGACAUGUUCCUUCUUGGACCUGCUAUUGAGGAACACGUUUCGAACGUCUGCUAUGAGCACGUUAAAAAAGUCAUGAAUCUGGCAGUGAAGAGCCCCUACUUGCAGUCAAAGGUGACUCCGCACGCGGUGGACGAGGCAAAGCGUAUGGUGACCACAAUCCGCAGUAUCUUCCGCAAGUCCCUGGAGACGUCAAGCUGGCUCACGGACGAAGGUCGAGAAGGGGCGCUCGGCAGGUUAGACAACAUGACGAUCUUCGUGGGAAGUCCAGCACAACAAUUUGACCCUGACUUCGUGGAUCAGCUCUACAAACCGUACCCGGAGACACCCAUGGACCGACUUUUCCCGUCAUGGAUCAAGGCACUGUCUCUCUCGUCCCAUUACAUUUGGUCCGACCAGACGACCUGGUUCUACGACGAGGCAGAAGUGAACGCCCACUAUAUAAGCUUCAUUAAUUAUAUUACUGUACCGACGGGCAUGAUACAGCAUCCCUUAUUUUAUCCGUACGGGCCACUCAGCCUGAACUACGGCGGCCUCGGAAUGAUUGUGGGACACGAGAUUAUGCACGCAUUCGACGUACAAGGGGUAACGAAAUACCGCCAACCUUGGGUCACGGCCGAGUUUUUAAAGGAAUACACAAACAGAACACUCUGCCUGCGAAAACAACAUAGAUCUGUCCUACUUUCGAGGGCCCGCCAGGAGGUGAUCAAUGACACGGCGGACUCCGAAAACCUGGCCGACUUGGUGGGCACGAUGACGGCAUAUGCAGCCUUCACUUCCUUGUCCCCAUCACAAAGAAACGUUACGCUGGCCGGGCUCGACAUGUCGGCGGAGCGCCUGUUCUUCGUCAACCACUGCGUAAAGUGGUGCAACAAAUACAGCUUCUCGAAGGCGCCCUAUGCACCCCACCGCUCCCGCUGUAUUGUGCCCUUGAUGAACAUGCCCGAGUUCUCGAGGGCCUAUGGCUGCGCCGCCGGACAACCCAUGAAUCCACAAAAGAAGUGCACGUUUUGGUAGUAAAAAUUCG